UCCAGUUUUUCAUUACAGAUGGAUCGUCUUACGGAGUCGUUUUCAGUUUGUUAGAUGCCUUGGAUGAAUUUGCUAAGCCUAGGGAUCACAAAAAAGGAAAGUAUGAGAUGACUAAUCUCCAGACGAUCAUAUUUUGGAUAAGGUCGAUAUAUGAAUAUGCUAUACUGCUACAUGGCUUAAAGGAGAAACCUUUAAUCAAUGGAAUUAUAGCAUCUCCGACGAUUAGUCUAAUUGGGACGCACAUGGACCUACUCACGGGGAGUGAUGCUGAGAAGCAGGCAAAGAUUGAUGACAUGUUCGACAGAAUAUUUAAGGAACUCGAAGGAACGCCAUACGAACGUCACGUAGAUCGUGAGAGGUAUGCCGUAGACAACACCACAUCACUGGAUGAAGGGAUUCAAAGACUGAAAAGAAACGUAGGCGGUUUCAUGAAAGCAAUGGCAAGAACUGUUCCAAUAAAUUGGAUGGACUUCCAAAUUGAGGUACAAGAAGCCGGGAAAACAACUCUGCGCAUGUCCUUAGAUAAGGUAUUGUGUUAUAGGUAUAGGUAUUGUAUUAUAAGAAACUCUAGUAAUAAAUUAAAAUAUUUCUUCCAAGGCCGUAGGAAACGGUUGGGCUGCUCCGGAAGGCCGUAUAUGCUGCUCAAGUUUUCGGCCCAAAAAUUCAAAAAUCAAUAUCGUUUGUGUGCCAAAAUU